AUGGCCUCAUACCGCUGCAACUGUGCACUUGCACAGGAUUCCAAAACCGAUACGCCCUUGAUUCUUAUCCUUGCUCGUCAAUUUCCCUCUGCAAGCAAUCAUCAAAGAAGUAGGACUGAGGUAGUUGAUCCAUCAGAGAUACUUUCUGCAGCCACCACAAAGCAACAGCUGAAUCACAAAGUCUACAGACUAGACCCCAGUAGUGACAGUGAUACAGGUAACGACAAAUUUGGAAAUCCAUUUUAUGACAAGGUUUCUGUCUUAAAUUCGUUGGAUGAUCCUGUAUCACAAUUUUGUGAGUCUGCCAUUUCACAUGCCCCAGUCCCAUUUCUUGCUCUUCUAGACUCGUAUUUCAUUUUACUACCUGAAACCCUGCUUGUUGAGAUCCCAUAUUGUUGUGGGAUAUCAUCAUCGCCAGUUAAGUGCAGUACUCUGUGGCAUAUGAUAUGGAACUGGCAGCUAGUGGCUUGUUUGAUGAUUGAGGCUUUCCCUGUUGAAGCUCUGAACUCUAUCCAACACUUAAAUGGGUCUGUUGAUGAAAUGGAGGCAUACACCGGCAUCAACUCAAUACCAUACCACAUUGUUAGCCAGCAGGACAGCAUACACAGUGGAGACUGGGAUUGCCAAGAGAGAAAUUGGGGUUUAUGUCAAUUCGAAGAGCGACUUGGUGUCUGCUCGGGGUAA